GAAGACAAAAACUCUAAAUCAUGUAAAGAGAAAUCUCCUGCAGCAAAUGAAAAUGAAAAAGACAAAUUAUCUGAGAACGAGAACUCUAUUAUAUCAUCCGAAGAAAAAUCAUCAGCAAAUGAAGAAAACUCUAAAAUAGCUGAUGACAAAUUAUCUGAGAACGAAAACUCUAUUAUAUCAUCCGAAGAAAAAUCAUCAGCAAAUGAAGAAAACUCUAAAAUAUCAGAAGACAAAUUAUCUGAGAACGAGAACUCUAUUAUAUCAUCCGAAGAAAAAUCUCCAGCAAAUGAAGAAAACUCUAAAAUAGCAGAAGACAAAUCACCCGAGGACGAAAAAUCAUCUUCUGUCACAAACUUCAAAACACCAAACAAAAAAGUAUCUUCUGAAACUAUAGCACGUGAGUCCGCAACCAUCAAAGGAACAGAUGAUAAUAAAACUUUCACUUCUUCAACUCGAUUCCCGACUUUUAUCGAAUUGAUACCUCCUGUUACAAGUCAAGGUACAGUAGAGACUACGGAAUGUAAGGUUAUGAUUCAAAAGAACAAUGCAUGUUCUUCAACAAUGUUUGAAAAUUUGACUGUAGAAGAAAGAGUUAAAUAUCUUGUUGCUAAGUUACGAGUAAACAAAACCAACCUCUCUGCAACUGUAAGGAAGAAAAUGUGCGCUUCUGACGAAAGGUUUGAGAGCAAAGUUAUUGGUUAUAUUGCAGCGGCUAGCAUCUUUCUUUUGCCAGGGGCAUGUGUGAUUAUUGAUAUAAUGAACCUUUACAAACAUCUUACGACAAUAAAGCAGGUUUCUCCGAAUGUCACAGCAAGCAAAAUGACAUUAGAGUCAGCUGUUUAAUAGAAACCCUAUACAGGUUUAUGGUAAAUUCAUCUUAGGAAGACUUGUUAAUAUUGAUAGACAAAGUUAUAAAAUAUUAUAUAAUUACAUAUCAUAUUAAUGAAAGAUUUAAAUCCUUCGCCUAGCGGCCUCGGGUUUGAAUAAUAUAAGGUUAAGACGUGUAAAUAGUAACGCCACUGAAUAUGAAAAGCGACAUUUUCUUUUAUCAUUUGAUUUUUAACUAUCACACUAACUACAUCGACACCGUGGCUUCAUCAGAAUCAUGUAUUGGUAUUGUGUUGCAUUAAUUUUCAAUCGUUAAGUUUAAUAAUAACAGAUUAUUUAACAUUAGGCUGUACAAUAUCGGAAUAUAUCUGUAUGAGUACGCAUAAAGCUGGAAAAAACUAUAUUGGACGGACUGACAUGCAAGUCUAACACGUGUUCACAAAAUAACGUAUUGUACAGAAGUUAUUAUAUUUUUUAAAAUUAUAUUGUCACAAAAUAUGGCAAAAUAAUGUGUUCUCGAAGUUAAGUUUUCAGAAGACACUUGACAUUCUCUUCUCAGACGUCAUUCAGAUAUGUAUAUAUGUUGUUUUAUGAAACAGAUCAACUUCAACUUUGGUUGAAAAUAACUGAAUAGAAUAGAUGUGAAUGGCUAUCUAUGAAAUUAAUACAAUAAUUCUGUUAUGAUAUUUAUGUGCCACAGAGCGUCGUAUUUUUGAGUUGUGGCGACAUAUAGGGACCACUUCUCUGUAGCCUGUUGUCUGUCCGGCCAUCACAAAACGUGUCCAGACUACUCCUAAAUACUACUUAUGCAAUUGCAGCAACAUGACGGGAUUGAUUAGUACCAAGUCUAGUUGUGCAUACCGGUUUAGUGAUUUUUGUCAGAGUUAUCGCCCUUUAAUUAUUUUUUUUAAAGUUUUUUUCCGGACUACUCGUAUACCACUUAUUCAAGUUCACACUUUACAUGGUUGAUUGUAGCUUAAAAACUUGCGCAUAUUACACAUGUUUUCCGCUGCAAUGACUUUUGGUCGAGUUAUGACACUUAGAUAAAAAAGAUGUUUUUGUGUUGCUUAUUUGGACUACCCCUCAGAAACUACUUGUGCAAUUUCAUCAAAACUUUACAGGAAUGAUCAAUAUCAUGUCUAGUUACUUUUAGAAUUUGUCCGGACUACUCAUCUUAUAUUACUAAAGCAAUUGCAAUAAAAUGUUGCAGGACUGAUCGGUAGCUCAAGUACUUGCGCAUAUAACAAGUGUUUUCCGGUUGAAGGAUUUUUGGACGAGUUAAGGCCCUUGCAUAAAAAUCGUGUUUUGCCCUGGUUAUGUGCUGCAACAUGCAUAUGUCAAAUCAUGUACAAUAUAUAAAACUUUGUGAAUUUAUCCUCAGUGAACAUUUAUAAUUCACUUGUUUCAAAACAAUACUCAAUCGGUUAUGUGGGUUGAUAUUAAAAGAAACAACAGGAUUUUUAGUUCAAAAAGAGAAACAAAAUUAAUAAAAAAAAACCCUGAAAAAUAUUUAGUCGCAAAGGGGACAUGAUCUUGCUUAAGUACAUGACAUAGUUAUGAACUUUUGUACACAAAUGUCUAAGUAGCUUCACAUGCACACUAAAUAGAAAUAGAUGCUUCACGUUCAUGUAUAUACCAUAUUUCAACAGUUAUAGUGUUAAUAAAUCAGUAGUUAAAAUACAGUAGUUAAACGAUCUUACGUAAAAAGUGUUAAUGCAAUAAAUUGGGCAAACUAAGACGUAUGAAUAGUCACAAAUUUGAUAUAUGUAAUUUUACAGAUCCCUCAUCUUCCACAAAUGUCAGAUCACAUUUUAAUUUGAAUGAUUAUAUUUUAAAUGACUUUACAUUUAUGCUUAUAGAUAUCAUUGAAAAUAAUAUUGACCGUUUAUGUAAAGACAAUUUCUGGAUACAUACACUACAAACACAAUAGAAUAUUUUUUUU